UUAUGUAUUACACUGAUUGAAAAUCACCAAUACUCUUUAGUUGGUUUGAACUUAUACUUGUAAAUGUAACGGUUCAUCGUGUCCACGGGUCUAGAUUGUGGGAAGAUGCUGCAUUGCCAUUGCAAAAUGCACAUAAAUGUCACGUGACCUCCAGCAUGGCGGAUGUUGCGGUGGACAAAUAAAUAAUUGGAGGUGUGACAUACAUCGUUUAGGCUAAAAUGUAACCCAAUUUCUUAUGUUUAGCGUGAAAUUAAUUCUUGAAAGAAAAUGUUUUUGACCAGAGCUUUAGAAAAGAUUUUAUCUGAUAAAGAAAUAAAGAAGGCACAUCAUUCCCAGUUGAAAAAGGCUUGUGAGGUGGCACUUGAUGAAGUGAAGAAUGAUUCUAAAGUACAAAAUGUUUAUUUCAGUCCGGAAGUUGAAUCAUCUUCUGCUCUUCCUCAGCCAAAACGUCCGGGAGUUGUAGCUGCAGAUAAAUAUUUCCUACCAUUUGAAUUAGCAUGUCAAUCAAAAUGUUCUCGUAUUGUAAAUACAGCCUUGGAUUGCCUUCAGAAAUUAAUAGCAUAUGGACAUCUGACUGGAAAUGUUCCUGACAGUACUUCUCCAAAUAAAAGGUUGAUAGAUAGGAUUGUAGAGACAAUAUGUGGUUGUUUUAACGGUCCACAGACAGAUGAAGGUGUUCAGUUGCAGAUAAUAAAGGCAUUGUUGACAGUUGUAACAUCCAAUAAUUGUGAGAUACAUGAAGGCACUGUUCUCCAGACCGUUAGAACAUGUUAUAAUAUAUAUCUUGCUAGUAAAAACCUGGUUAACCAGACCACGGCUAAAGCGACUCUAACUCAGAUGUUAAGUGUAAUAUUUAUUCGUAUGGAAUCACAAGCUGAAAAUGAUAAAAAGGAAGAAGAGAAGACAAAUAGUGUAAGUGAGAAAGACACAUCAGAAAUACCUAUAAUCAAUAUUGAAAAAGAACCAGAUUCUAAUGAAAUAAAGACAACUGAAGAUGAUGGCAAUAAAACAGGAGAUGAAGAGGACAAAGGAGAGAGUGAAGAAAAAACUGAGAAUGGUGAAGAAGAAGAAGAAAGUAGUGAAGAUAUAGUACGCUGUAUAUUAGAUGAUAUAAUAGAUCAAGUGACAGAUGCCAAAACUGAGGAGGUUUCUUCUAAAGAUUCAAAUGUCUCUCCAGAGGGUAAAAGUUCUGAGGAAACAUCACAAGAAAGCCCAAAGGCAACAACCCCUGUGACCCCAACUACCCCUCUUCCUUCAGACCCAACAAGAGGUGGAGGGUUAGCGAGGAUGACAUCAGAUGAUAAUAUUGAUGUAGAGGUCUCUGAAGGUCCAGAUCAAAUGCAUGGAGCAUUUAGUCAUAUUUUACAAAAAGAUGCUUUUCUUGUGUUCCGAAGUCUGUGUAAAUUAUCCAUGAAACCAUUAGCAGAUGGCCCACCUGAUCCAAAAUCUCAUGAAUUGCGCUCAAAGAUUCUGUCACUACAGCUUCUGUUAUCAAUACUGCAGAAUGCUGGUCCAGUGUUCCGUACUAAUGAGAUGUUUAUUAAUGCCAUAAAACAAUAUCUUUGUGUAGCAUUGUCUAAAAAUGGUGUCAGUGCUGUUCCAGAUGUUUUUGAGCUGUCAUUAGCCAUUUUCUUAACUCUUCUCUCCAACUUUAAACAACACUUGAAAAUGCAGAUUGAGGUAUUUUUCAAGGAGAUAUUUUUGUAUAUAUUAGAAACUCCUAGCAGCUCUUUUGAACAUAAAUGGAUGGUUAUUCAGGCACUAACAAGAAUAUGUGCUGAUGCCCAGUGUGUUGUAGAUAUAUAUUUGAACUAUGAUUGUGAUUUAGCAUUAGCUAAUAUAUUUGAACGACUGGUAAAUGAUCUGUCCAAAAUAGCGCAAGGUAGACAUGCCAUGGAACUUGGAGCUACACCAAACCAAGAAAAGAGUAUGAGAAUAAAAGGAUUAGAAUGUUUGGUAUCGAUAUUAAAAUGUAUGGUAGAAUGGAGUAAAGAUCUUUAUAUUAAUCCUCAUUCACAAUCCAAUCUUGGACAAGACAAUAAACCAUAUACAGAAACAGACAGUGAUUCUGGUAAAGGUACUAUGACUAGUUAUGGUAGUUCUAAUUCUCUUAGUUCUAAUAAUAGUACACCAUCUACAGCUGUACAUGUCACUGACAACCCAGAACAAUUUGAAGUGAUUAAACAACAGAAAGAAAUCAUGGAGAAUGGAAUAGAAAUAUUUCACAAAAAACCUUUGAAAGGUUUAGCCUAUUUACAAGAACAAGGCAUGCUGGGGAAAUCACCAGACGACAUUGCAGAGUUAUUUCACUCUGAAGAGAGAUUAGAUAAGACUGCCAUUGGAGAUUUCCUUGGAGAAAAUGAAAAAUUUAAUAAAGAAGUUAUGUAUGCUUAUGUUGAUCAAAUCAACUUCUGUGAGAUGGACUUUGUAUCUGGUUUGAGGAAAUUCCUGGAAGGGUUCCGAUUACCUGGAGAGGCUCAGAAAAUUGAUCGAUUGAUGGAAAAAUUUGCUUCACGUUAUUGUGAAUGUAACCAAAAUACUGAGUUAUUUGCUAGUGCUGAUACAGCUUAUGUGUUAGCAUAUUCUAUCAUAAUGUUAACAACUGAUCUCCACAGUACACAGAUUAAACGUGAACAUAAGAUGACAAAAGAACAGUAUAUCAGAAUGAAUCGUGGUAUAAAUGAUAGUAAAGAUUUACCAGAAGACUAUCUUGUUGCUAUCUAUGAUGAAAUAUCUGGUAAUGAGAUCAAAAUGAAAACUGGUGGCCAAAAACCGAGUAAAGUAACCAAAGAUAUAACCAGUGAUAAACAGAGACGAUUAUUAUACAACAUGGAAAUGGAGAGUAUGGCCCAGGCAGCAAAAGCUUUAAUGGAGAGUGUCAGUCAUGUCAAAUCGAAUUUUACAAUUGCUAUGCAUUUAGAACACGUACGACCUAUGUUUAGAAUGGCAUGGACACCAUUUUUAGCAGCAUUCAGUAUUGGUCUACAGGAUAGUGAUGAUUCAUACAUAGCUACUUAUUGUUUGGAUGGUAUUAGAUGUGCCAUCAGAAUAGCUUGUAUAUUUCAUGCGGAGUUAGAGAGAGAUGCUUAUGUACAAGCCCUAGCAAGAUUUACAUUACUCACAUGUGCUACACCAAUUACAGAGAUGAAAUCUAAAAAUAUAGAUACCAUUAAAACUCUUAUAUCUGUUGCUCAUACAGAUGGCAAUUAUCUGGGAAAAUCUUGGUUAGAGAUUUUGCGAUGUAUAUCACAACUGGAACUGGCUCAGUUAAUUGGAACAGGAGUUAAGACUAAAUAUAUAUCUAAUCAAGCCAGCCAGACAUCAGCAGGACAUCCAAUAGAGGCCUUUGAUCCAGAAGUUAUAGCUAGAGGAGGUAUACAGAAUCUAGAUCGUCAAAGAUUGGCUCAUUUUCAUGAAACAGUAGGUGAAACAAGUUCACAGAGUGUAGUUGUUGCAGUUGAUAGAAUAUUUACUGGUUCAGUUAAACUGGAUGGUGAUGCUAUUGUUGAGUUUACAAAAGCGUUAUGUCAAGUAUCAAUAGAUGAAUUAGCCAGUUCAUCACAUCCUAGAAUGUUCAGUCUACAGAAGAUAGUAGAGAUCUCCUAUUAUAAUAUGGGACGUAUCAGGCUACAGUGGUCUCGUAUAUGGCAAUAUCUUGGAGAUCAUUUCAACAAAGUAGGCUGUAAUCCUAAUGAAGACAUUGCCUUCUUUGCGGUGGAUUCUAUUAGACAGUUAUCAAUGAAGUUCAUUGAGAAAGGAGAAUUUUCUAACUUUAGAUUUCAGAAAGACUUUUUACGACCUUUUGAACAUAUUAUGAAGAGAAACAGGUCUCCAACUAUUCGUGAUAUGGUUGUACGUUGUGUUGCUCAGAUGGUCAACUCACAAGCAGCUAAUAUUAAAUCUGGAUGGAAAAAUAUUUUUAGUGUUUUUCAUCUGGCCGCCUCCGAUCAUGAUGAAGGAAUCGUAGAACUUGCUUUCCAAACAACUGGAAAAAUAAUCUCGAGCAUAUUUGAAAAGCAUUUUACUGCUAUAAUUGAUUCAUUCCAAGAUGCUGUAAAAUGUUUAUCAGAGUUUGCAUGUAAUGCUGCUUUUCCUGAUACUAGUAUGGAAGCCAUUAGAUUAAUCAGAAACUGUGCUAAAUAUGUGGCUGAAAAACCCAAUAUGUUUAGAGAACAUGCUGGUGAAGAGAUGAAUGUACCAGAAGAUGAUCGAGUUUGGGUUAAAGGCUGGUUCCCCGUCCUAUUUGAACUGUCCUGUGUUAUAAAUAGAUGUAAAUUAGAUGUUAGAACAAGAGGUUUGACUGUGAUGUUUGAAAUAAUGAAAACCUAUGGUGAUACGUUUCAACAACAUUGGUGGCGUGAUCUAUUCCGUAUUAUAUUUAGAAUAUUUGAUAAUAUGAAAUUACCAGAACAACAAAGUGAGAAAUCUGAAUGGAUGACAACAACAUGUAACCAUGCUCUAUAUGCUAUAGUAGAUGUUUUUACCCAGUAUUAUGAUAGUUUACAUGAUAUACUAUUACUAGAAUUAUACCAGAUGUUACAUUGGUGUGUACAACAAGAUAAUGAACAGUUAGCCAGAUCAGGAACCAACUGUUUGGAGAAUUUAGUCAUAUCUAAUGGUAAUAAAUUUUCAUCCGAAGUUUGGGAUAAAACAUGCUCUUGUAUGUUAGAUAUCUUUAAAUCAACCAUUCCUCACAGUUUAUUAACAUGGCACCAAGAAUCUGAGUCUAAUGAAUCUCCCAACCUGGUAAAACAAGAUACUCUGAUGGAAAAUGAUGCAACAUAUAAUCACGAGAAUGGGGAUGCAAGAUCAGUUAAUUCAAUGGAUUCUAGUAUGGAUAGUAAUAAAUUAAAACGUGCUGAUAGUAUUGUUAGUGUUAAUAGUAUCAUAUCUCUUGAUUCUAGAGACACAAAAAUACCUCGUUCAAAGAUCUCUACUGAUGUAAAGUUAUUUCAAGGGUUAUUAAUAAAGUGUGUAGUACAGUUAGAAUUAAUACAGACCAUAGAUAAUAUCGUAUUUUUCCCUGCUACAAGUAAAAAAGAAGAUGCUGAAAAUUUAGCUCUGGCACAGGCAGAAAGCGAAGAUUCACCGUAUUAUGACGCAGGUCAACAACACGAAGAUCAAGGAAUGUAUCAAUUCCUCAACUCAGCUCAGUUAAUACAUCUUGUAGAUUGUUUAUUAGAAUCACACAGAUUCGCUAAACAAUUUAACUCAAAUCAUGAACAAAGAAAUGUUCUGUGGAAAGCAGGUUUUAAGGGUAAAGCCAAACCAAAUCUAUUGAAACAAGAAACCCAGAGUUUAGCAUGCUUGUUUCGUAUUUUAUUCCGUAUGUAUAAUGAUGAGUCUAGAAGAGAUGCUUGGCCAGAUGUCGAGAAAAAAUUACUUGGUGUGUGUCAAGAUGCAUUAGAAUACUUUCUAUCAUUACAAUCAGACAGUCAUCGGGAAGCAUGGAGUAGCUUAAUGUUAUUACUAUUAACACGUUUACUUAAAAUGUCUGAUCAAAGAUUCCGAGUUCAUGCAGCUGUGUAUUAUCCACUACUUUGUGAAACUGUUAUGUUUGAUCUAAAAUUAGAGAUGAGAUCCAUAUUGAAGAAAUUUUUACUGCGCGUUGGUCCAACAUUUAACAUCGUAUCCUGUUGUUAAAGUCCUACAGUAUACAUUUAUUUAUUUCAUAUAUUUAAUUAUGUCAUAUAAUUAUAUUAUUCUUGUUUGUAUAUCUUAUUCAGAAAUAACACUGAUAUUCAGAAAAGUGUUGAUUCGAAAACAAAAUUAUUUGUCCCUAAAUUUAUAUCAUGUCUUGUUAAUAACGAUUUUGAUGCAGUAGUGUUAUAUAAUUUUAGAAACUUGUAAAAACAUAAAGAAAUACACAUGGAAAAUUAAAUUUUUAUGUCCAAAUUUUAUAUUUACCACUACGAAACACAUGGUAUUUCAACCAGGGCUUUUUUUAAGGUAUGUUAAUUUGUGUUCAUCAAAAUACAAAAUUGGAUCUUUCAGUUGGAAAUAUCGCAGUUAAUUAUGAAUCGAAAUCGAUAAAAGAUUGUUUGCAGCGUAUCCUAUAGAAUCACCCAUUCCUAUGUACCUGUUUUAUAUGUAAUUUGGGAAUGUAUAAUAUGAUUUUUAAUCCGGGGUGUUAAUAUUAAAGAAUAAGAAUAGUAUUGUAUAUUACAAUAAGGGUUUCAAUGGAAAACUGUAUGAUUAUAUUAUAGAGCCUAAAUUUAUAAAAGGUUGAUGUAAGAGUAUUAUAGUGAUUGGUAUUAUAAGGUAUUUCAGCGAAGGGAUCAGAAUGGUGGCAAUAAGAGAACUUGGAUAAAAUAAAAUAACCAACAUAAUGUAUCAUAAUACAUGUAAAUAUGUUCUAUAUACAAAUUUAUCUAGAUAUACUACUUUAAAUAUCUAAUGUAUAAAUAGUUUACUUAAUAUAUCAAUUAUAAAUUGAAUUUAAUAUAUUAUCAAUUAAUAUUCAGAUUAGUCAUUCUUCUUAACACACUUGUGCAUUCUUUUCUUUUCUGCUUUUCCUGCUAGUUCAUAUAUUUUUGUCAAACUUUAUUCUGAAAUAAUAUUUAUGGAAAAAAAGCUUCUAAUUUAUUUGGGCAACUAUUUCUGAUGUAGAUUCUGACAUAAUUUACAAUAAAAGCAACCCAUUUCUUAUAAAUUAUAAAGAUUCAUAGCUAAGCAUGAUGCAACAUUCCAACAUAUGUAUAUGGUAUAUCAUUGCGUUCUUACAAUAGAGAUGGUUUCUUUAUUGAAACUGUGAUAUGUACACAAUGCAGUUUACAACUCAUGAUGUAGAAAAGCAUAAACAACCACAUGGAAUAGCAAAACAUUUAUACUACAAUAAUAUUUUGGGUUUCAUAAUUUUGUAUUCAAUUCCCCUUUAUAAUUGACUCAUUUUCCCAGACAGUAAACUGAGCAAAGGCAUGCAGAUGGGAUCUACUGUGUGUAUGCCUACUAUAUUGAAUUUUGUUUUUACAGAAUUUUAUAUCUUUGCUUUGGAUGGAAAACUGAAAUUAACCGACAGAAAUUAAAAAAUGUAUGAACACAGCAAUGUAUUUUAUUAAACUAAUUUAAAUUACUGUUAAAAAUGUUAUUUAAUUCAUAAUUCCUUUCUUUUCUUUCCCUGUUACUAAAAUUAUUAAUUGUUUUUAAAUUAUUGAAUAUAUUAGAAGAGUAGCAUGUAUUUCUCUCAUUAUGUUAUAAUAUUUCAUUUGUUUUGUUGAGUAUUGUGUUAGCAUAAGAGUUUAAAGGGUUAAGUUUGUGUUGAUAUUUUUGUGUAAAUAUGGGUGUUUAUAUUUUCAGCAUAUAUUUUUCAUAUUCAUAUUUAAUCGGCUUUUCACAUUUCUAUAAUAUUUGUGUCGUAAUUAAGUGGUGCAAUGAUGUGAUAUACAUGUAUUUCAGUAUGAAUAAACCUAUAUUGCCAUCCAUUAUUAUAUAUAAUAAAGACAGAAAUAUAUUGUAUAGAAAUCAGUAUAACUAGGUAGCAUACAUUUAUAUCUACCAAUAUACAACUUAACAUCCACCCUUGCUUGGCUUACAUUUUUCCAAAUCAUUUUUUAUCCAAAUUCUUGGAAUGUUUUCUUAGUAACAUUUUAGUCAAAUGUUUGGUUUGAUUGAAUUUAGAAAAUUCUAACAUAAAAUUUGAUAUUUAAAAGUAGAAAUUGGUGUCAACUUUGGCUGUAGGUCUGUCCACAAUUCUUGUCAACACUAUAGAUCAGAGUUUUUGAGUGUUGGUUUCUUCCAAACUUCCUGGGAUUGUCCAGCUAAUCUUAACAGGAACACUACCAAAAUUCAGUCUACAGGUGGGAAUUUAUUAGUUUUUCUUUUUCAAACUUGCUGAGAUUGUUUGGCUAACAAUAAGAAGGAAACCUAUUAUAUCAAUAUUCAGACUUCCAAUUAAUUUUUUUGCAUAGCUAUUGCCCCUGAAAAAUUAAGAGCUACCGUUCAAAAUGCUGCUUGUGGGCUUAUGCAUUAAUUGCCUGACAAUACUUUUUUAUUAUUAUUUUAUUUACAAGUAGAAUCCAAGUUUUUUUCAUAAACUUUAGUUUUUGAAGUAGGCAUUUAAAUCUGAAGUAGCUAUUCGAUUAGACAUACUUAAUUAUAUGGGUAUUGUAAUAAUUAUUUCAUAUUAAACAAAGAGAUUGUAACAAUUUUUUUUGUGUGUUAGACAUGGGGAUUGUAAUAAUUAUUCCAUAUAAGGACUGUAAUAAUGAUUUUAUUUAACAAAUUUUUGGUAUUUUUCAAUUUAUUUGGUUACAUAUUAUUAAGAUAGUUAUAAAAUAAACUACUGGCUAUAUUAGAAUAUAAUGUGAUAUGUAUAUUAAUGUAAAUCUAAAUCAUUGCAUGUUAAGUUGCUGUCACCUAAUAUCAUUUACCAGUCUGCAGUCUUUUAUACACAAACUAACCAUUACAGAGUGGGACUGGUGUGUUGAUCAUUUAAAUUGUACAAAAAUUGGUGAAUAUUGUAAUAAUAGACAUCUUUUAUAGGCUAAUUUCUCUAAUAUAAAAUAGAUUUUGGGUAUGUUUCCGCCAUAGUAAAUCAUAUUUUCACAGGAAUGUAACGCCUGUCAGAGUAUUGGUAUGGAAUUAAAAGUAUUCCCAAAACCUGAAUCUUAAUUUUAACAAUUCUUAAAUCCAAAGGGCAAUUGUCAUUCUGACACAUUACCACCAGCCAGGUGCUUUGGUUGCUGUAUUACAGAAAUUAAAUGGUCUUUUGCCUUCCAGUGAAAGAACUUUAGUUUAUUAUGUUUGGAGUUCUUAAAUUUGUAGAGCAGGAGCCCAGGGGGUUAACCUAGCUGAAUAGUGUACCAAUUUUCCCCUAUAUGGUAUCAAUGUAUGUAUAUCUGGUAUCAUCAGAAUGUAAGUCUGCCGGGUUUCUGGUGGUGGGUGUGGUAUUCCACGCUCUAAUUGCCAUGAUCCCCGACUAGGCUAGAUUAGCUCAAAAGUGUACCACACGAAAAUCUUACUGCAGUAUACCGUACAUUUUCAGAUAUUACAAAAACACUCUGACAGACAUUUCUAGUGGUGGAGUACCCCUGACAGAGCUAUGUAAUUGCCAGACAUUUGUAGUAGUGGAGUAUCCCUGACAAGAGUUAUCUAAUAUUUAGACCAAAGCUAGGCUAGAUUAGCUGAAAUCUGUACCACCUAAAACAGCUUUGGAGUUUUUCAGUACCACCACAGGAAUCAUGAAUGACCACUGGCAGACAGGUUUUGCGGUGGGUUGCCCCUAACAGACACGCCCAAAAUAACACGACCCCCAACUAGGAUAGAUUAGUCGGCACUGUUCCUGUGGUCCAAAAAAUUAAAACUUAUGCCAGAAUGCGUAGAAUACUAAUACCUAGCACAUAUGGAAGAUGCGAUAAACUGCGGUUGUAGGAAUAAUUUUAUUUUUCAAAAAUGCAUUUUUAGCCCCAUAAGAUGUUUUAUGCCCAACAUUCAAUUUUCUGCAAUCACAGUUUAUCGCCUCUUCCAUACGUGCUAGGUAUUAGUAUCCUACGCAUCCUGGCUAAAAAUCUAAUUUUUUAGAACCGGGGAACAGUGCCUGCGAAGCUAGCCUAGUUGGGGGCGUAGCAUUUUGGGGCGUGUCUGUUAGGGGUAACCCACCGCACAAACUGUCUGGCAGUGGUCAUUCAUGACUCCUGUGGUGGCUGUUUUAGGUGGUACAGAUUUCAGCUAAUCUAGCCUAGCUUUGGUCUAAAUAUUAGAUAACUCUUGUCAGGGAUACUCCACUACUACAAAUGUCUGGCAAUUACAUAGCUCUGUCAGGGGUACUCCACCACUAGAAAUGUCUGUCAGAGUGUUUUUGUAAUACCUGAAAAUGUACGGUUCACUGCAGUAAGAUUUUCGUGUGGUACACUUUUGAGCUAAUCUAGCCUACUGAGGGAUCUUGGCAAUUAGGGCGUGGAAUACCACACCCACCACCAGAAACCCGACAGACUUACAUUCUGAUGAUACCAGAUAUACAUACAUUGAUACCAUAUAGGAGAAAAUUGGUACCCUUUUCAGCUAGGUUGACCCCCUGGGCUCCCGGUCUAUUGUGUUAAGCUAUUAAUGUUAUGAACAUGAUCAAAUAGAUAUCAGCCAUUAACGGUAUUGCUUUCACCAAUAAUAUUUACAAUGUACAUGUACUGUAUGUAGCAUGAUGAAAUAAAAGAAAUAUUUAUUAUUAUUA